GGCUGACGCAGGAGGCCCGGAGGAGGGCCGCUGGGCCAGGGAGUUCUGCAAGGCCUCCUUCUGCGGGAUCAUGUCCUCCUCCAAGUGGGAGCUCUGCUGCGAGGGCCACGGCGAGUGCUGCGCGUACCUCCAGCUCGAGGCCCCGACCCCACCCCCCUGCUAGCCAGCCUCACCCCCCUGCCAGCCGACCCCACCCCCCUGCCAGCCAGCCUCACCCCCUCAGCCAUCCUGAGCCUCCGCCAGGUCGCCUCCCGAGUCGCCCUCACUUCCAGAGGCUCGAGGCGGGGCGAAAGGGCUUCAGGAAAGCGAACUCGAAGCCUCGAAAGGUUCCGGCGCAGGAGUCGACUAGUUUGCUCGUAGCGCCAGAGCAGUCGUCGGACAACGAGGUGUACAGAGCUCCAGCCCCCAAAACCAAGGACAGAUGGGGCGAAGAAUUCUGCAAAGCCUCCUACUGUGGGAUCAUGCCCUCGGUGAAAUGGCAACACUGUUGUGAAAACUUCGGCCAGUGCUGUGUUUACCUUCUGCUCGCGAAAUCCAAGGACCUCAAAAGUCCAUUUGCCUUCCAAGAGAUAGCAACAGUUACUCAACCCAAGAGGAAGUUUGAAUACGGUUUUUCGCACCGCCCACAACACUCCCCGGGCUCCUCCAAGGCUCAAGACAACAGACUGAAGACGUUCCUGUAUUCUCCGCAAGAAAAGCCUGUACAAACGGCCCCGAGCACUCCCAAGACGGCGAUGAAACACGUCACGACAAGUUCCGGACCUGCCGUGGUCAAGCAGCCGUUCAGACCCCAGAGACAAGCUUCGUACUACAACGAGGUCUAUGCGAUGGAAGGAGACAAGUGGGGCCGCGAGUACUGCAGGACCUCCUACUGCUCUCUCAUGCCCUCCUCCAAGUGGGCCCACUGCUGCGACAACUACAGGAAGUGCUGUGCCUACGUCCACCAUACGCAGGGCAAGGACGUCAAAAAUCCCUUUGCUUACGAAGAGAUAUCGAUUUUUAGCAUCCCGUUGAGGCCACCAAGAAUUCGCCCCAUCCACCGCAAGAGCGCGAAGGAGGUGCAGGCCGACGAACCCCAGGCGAGCACCCGCCGACCCACGGGCGAAGACCCCGAAGGACCCCAGCCCCCAGCGGGAGCGGAGACCCCACGGCACAGCCCCGCCCCGAAACCCCAGCCCUGGCGAGACCACCAGCCCGACAGCCACGCCGACGGGCCCGAGACACCGAAGGACCGCGCCUCCGCACCCCAGACGCCCAAGGAACAGACCCCAGACGACCCCCAGCCUGCAGAAGAUCGCCGUCUCCGCUACGACGUCGACGGAGGGGCGGCCGAAGGUGUGACAGAGACCUCCCCUUUCGUCGUCCCGCUUCCGUCGGACGCGUCUGCCCUCGAUCGAGCUCUUUACACCUUCAACGACGUUGUUGCCAAAGAAGAGGCGCGCCGCUGCAGACCGAGAUACUGCGCCAUACUCUCCCCUGAACAGUGGCGAUCCUGCUGCUCACGGUAUAGGCAGUGCUGCGCCUACGCCCGAUACCUGGAGCCGAGAGGACCAUUUUAUUUCGAAGAGGACCCCAAGAAAAUCCACUGAUUUCAACAUAGAGGUUUAACACACGUUGAUAUUGGCGGUACUCCAGUUCAGAAGAAGUGAUACCAUAAGUUCCAAGGGCCAUUGCUUAGCUCGUGUACUAUGCAAUAUGACUGAAUGCUAUAACUUUGAGUGAGGUAUAAUAUAUUGAAGUCUACCAAGUAAUAUGCCGUUUUCUAUAAAGUCUGUUCACCAAGACGUAGAUUAUUUCUUAUUAAAGGAUAUGAAGCUGUUAAGAGAACAGUUCAUUGGUUAGAUACAACAAGUUAUUGUCGGUCACUUCAUUC